AUGGAGCCAGAAGUCGAAGCCACAGACAACAAUCACAACCUGGUCCCUUGGUCGGGCUCAGAUGGUUCCCAGGAACUUUCUGCCUCUGAGUCCUUGGCGGAGUCCUUUGAUGAGGAUGAUAUUAGUGAUGAGGACCCUUUAGACCCAGAGCCUCCUGAUGUCCCUAAGUCUGACCCUGGGUCCCCAGAACGCCCUCAGCCACAAGAAUGGGAAUCUGCAGGUGAGCAACCGUCCCUGGCUGAACUUAGUGGAAGCGAUGAGGAUGUUUCUUACAAAGAAGAGGACAAUAUCUACCUCAGUGAAUCGAGAGAGUCUCCUCACACCCAAACCUCGCCAGUAUCCCUGUCCCCACACCAAGAGCACCCUGACUCUGAGCCUCAGGCCAGCCAAACAUCCCCACUGCAUUCCCCGUCAUCUUCCUCCUCCCUUGGCUAUGCCGCUGACCUGACCCUGGCCUUGACCCUGACCACAGGGGAGUUGCCGGGAGCCAGUAAUAGGCAGGACCCAGCCCCUGGGAACAGGAGCAUUGAAUCUUCAGAGGAAGGAGGGAGUAGUGAAGCACCUCCUGCUCCUGUCGUCUUUGAAAUUGCAGACGAGGGUGCUGAGCAGGCAGAGAAGUGGAACUCAGAGUCUGCCACAGAUCUGUGCAGACCGGACAAGCACAGGGGAAGAUACACACGGCUCGGUCACAGCGAGAGCCAAUCAGAGAGGCAUGUGAAGGAGACCAAGUCUAAAUGUAAACGAAUCGCCCGCCUUCUAACUGAUGCACCCAAUCCUCAAAACAAGGGAGCCUUGCUGUUUAAAAAACGUCGCCAGCGGGUCAAGAAGUACACGCUCGUGAGUUACGGGACUGGCAAUAGGCUCCACAGCGAAGACCAGAUAGAGGAGGAAUCCGGAGAGGUCCGAUCAGCCGCGUACAACUUUGUAGCGACGAGUGAUUCCGAGUUAGAGGAGGAGUAUUCUGUUUAUCACCAGCAGCGUAAUAUGAGUCUGAAUUGGGGAGGUGUUCAAGAAAUGGAGGCGCUACCCGAGACAAAAGGGAAGGGAGUUACGAUGUUUGUCCAACGCCGCAGGAGGAUGGACGAGAUUGUGUCAGAACGUGAAGAAAUGAGGAAUAAAGGAUUAACCGUGGAGCCUGAAUGUACAGAAGCACAGACUAUGUAUGACACGAAGGAAAUGUACAUGGUUAACAACCAGGCCGACUACAUGGAUGCAAGUCACAAGCAGCGUGAAUACAAAGAAAAUACCCAACAGAUGAACCACCUAGCCAAUGUGCCAAGACCCCUGGUGCCCAACAGAACUGCAAGGCCCUUCCUAGGAUUUCAACAUGGCACAACUGCAUCCGCCAUGCCUGGUGUUGUGGUUCCUGUCCCAAGGAAGAACGAACCAAGAUUCAAAGUAUCUGUGCCUAUCAACACUAUCCCACAUGUUUGGUCCCCGACUGGAGACAUCAUAGCCUCAAGAGAUGAGCGGAUAUCUGUGCCGGCUAUCAAGUCGGGGAUCCUGCCAGAGUCAAAAAGGAAAGGUGCUAAUAAGCAGUCGUCGGCGCUGGCACAAGAAUCAAAUCCCCACCUACAACGCAAAGGGGAAAGGAGGUCUUAUAUUGAGUCAGAGGAAGACUUCUUUAGUCUCGGAGCUGAAGCUUGCAAUUUUAUGCAGCCAAGAACAAUAAAACUCAAGAAUCCCCCUCCAGUGGCCCCCAAACCCACCAUCAACCCAUCCUGUCCCCCUUGGAUGAGCAGGAGUCCCUCUGGUGACCCGUUUCCCGUUCCACAUCCUUCUCACAGUCCCGGAGCACCUCACAGUCAGCAUUACUUGCAGCAGCAAGAUUGGGCUCAGCAGCAACAGAUGGUCAACCCUUGGGCAACAGAUCAAACUCAGGCAACACUUCAAACACCUGCCAACGCCUGGGCUGCGGUCGACCCCUCUCCUCAGCUUCAUCUUCAGCCAACCACAAAUAGCUGGAACCAGCCGCCAUCACGAUCCCCUGUGAGUAUCCAGACCCGCAGUCCUACUUACAGCCCACAUCACCCACCUUCACCCUCAAGGAAUAAGUCCGACAGUGUUCCCAACUCAGUCGCUUCUUGCCCACAACAAUCAGGGAAGUCAUAUGUCCAGGCACCAAAAGCAGCGCAGCCUUCUCCAAAGGGUUUUCUCUCAGACAGAGGUGUUAAUCGACCUGGUGAUGGUUCAACUAUGGCAGGAAAAGGUGCACAGCUGUUUGCCAGAAGACAGUCCCGUAUGGAGAAGUUUGUUGUUGAUGCAGAAACUGUGCAAGCGAAUAAAAGGAGAUCCCCCUCCCCAGCCUCCUCCCUCCCUAACUUCUGGAGGUAUUCUUCCAAUGUCCGCUCCGCUCCCCCUUUAUCGUACAAUCCCCUUCUUGCUCCUUUCUACCCUCCAUCAGCAGGCAAGCAGCCCCCGCCCACAAGCUCCAAAGUCAAGCCUAAGACCAAAGAUAAACCUAAAGCCCCCCCAAAGCACCUAAACGCCCUAGAUAUCAUGAAACAUCAACCUUAUCGGUUGGACUCAUCACUGUUCAAGUAUGAUGCAGUCCCUGAGGCCAAAAACCCCAGCCCCAGCCCCAGCCCCAAACCUACUCCGGCAUCAAAGUUUGAGGCCAUAAAAAGUCUCAAACUUAGAUCUGCCUCUUCUCAUUCAACUUAUAACACAUCUGAGCUCAAUGUUCAGGCCAAGGCAGAAGCCCCCACUAAGUAUCCUGGAUCGGGAUUUGGUCGAGGCCGCUCCCUGAGCCUGCCUAGGAGACUGAGUUCGAUGCCCUCGCCCAGACUUCUGUCCCCUGUGAGCACAGCAGGAAACCAGGGGUCAAUUCUACCUGCACAGAGGCAAAUGUCCUUUCAGGAAAGUGCCUAUAAGCCACUGUCCCCGUGGGAGGCAGCAUCCAGGAGCCCAAUUGGUGCAGUGGACGAGGCGUUUCGGUUCCGGAGCCUGCCGUCAUCUGUUGCCAGCAAUGUCAAAGCUGCAGGGCAACGCAUGUCUCUGCCAGAGCCUCCAGAUGAGUGGAAGCGCAGGGUGUCUCUUGAUCCCGCAGCUGUCAGUAGGAGUCAUUAUCGUGCGGCCCCUGGUUUCCAGGCCCCAUCUCUGAGCAGGACAUUUUCACCUGAGAAAGCAGCCUUCUAUGGGCCCCCCUUCCGACCUGCCCAGCCUCUCAGGCCGGCCAGGAUCGGAUACAUGGGACAAGGCCCCGGUCCAACACAGUACUCUCCCCUCCAUACUGCAGCCCCAAGAAGUUCACUCUAUUGAGAAAAGUCAGAUAUGUAAAAGAAAAAUAACUAGGAGGUGCACAUAGAUUAACAUAGACGGUACAGAGUGGAGAGAAUCAUGCAGGAUAUCGAGCGGAGAAGACACAAAUAGAUCUGGCACCGACAAAUGGAAUAUAGGCUCUAUUUGAUCAAUCGUAUUGGAAAAUAUAUAAAUAUAAAAAUGUAUUUAUGUCCAUUUUUUUAUGUUUGUUUUCUGGAGUUGAUGUUGAAGGUUGUUACUCUCAUGGUACAAGUGGUCACUCACUGUAGAGCUUGUGUUGCUGAUGAGACAUAAUCCUGCUGAGCACUGACAACAGACUUGAUUUGGGACAGAAAUAGACCAUUGGAGACAAGUUGUCAAUAGGAUGAUAUGAAGCAUGUGUCAUGUGAGGUAAAGUCAAUGUGUUGUAGUCGAGAAAUGAGGCGUUUGCUCACUGAAGUCGCUGGUAAUCGUGACAGUGUUGGUCUUAAAUAUAUACUUAAAAAAUGAGGCACUUUAAGAAAUCUCAUGUGUGAGUUUUCAUUCCUUUACCUUUAGCCUUAGAACUAAAUGGGAUCACUUUCCAGGUUGAUGUUGCUUGAUUGUUUCACAUCCUAAAAUGUAAUUUAGUGAUUGUCAUAAACAUAGUUGCUCGUCUUGUUUGAACCUGUUUUAACGACUGUUGCAGUGGCAAUGAUAACAUAUUGUAAAGGAGUGAACGUUUUAUUUAGCAAGGACAAACCUUCUCUGUGUUCUACGUUGUGAGGAAACAGGAAAGCAGUGAACUUUCACUGAACCUGAAGUGUUGCAGAAUACAAAUGUGAUGGGUAGUCAAAGAAGAGAGAAGCUUUUGCCAUUAUUAUAGACGAUUUUAAGUUAAAUUUAAACAUUGCAUUCACACCUUCAUGUAAUAUGCCAAAUUUGAUUAUACACAGUGUUUUUUUUAAGUAUCUCUGAGUGUCAAGGUUUAAAAAAUAUAUAAUUUUGAAUUUAUUUUUUAUUCAGGAAUUAUGAAUUAGAGUGUUGCUCUGGGUUUUGACAAUUUCCUUGAUUAAAAUGUUA